AUGGCAGGUAUAGAUUGGUAUUACAAUUUUAUGGCGAGACACCCCAAUAUAUCACUUCGCAGACCAGAAGCUACUUCAAUAAAUAGAAUCACAGCAUUUAAUCAAGAAGAAAUAGAUAUAUUUUUUGAAAAUUUAAAAACACUCAUGGUAAAAUACCAAUUUAAGUCAAAUUCAAUCUACAAUGUUGAUGAAACGGGGAUUAGUACUGUACAACGAAAUUCCAGGAUUCUCGCACCGAAAGGUUUAAGACAAGUAGGUAAAUGUACUAGCGCAGAACGUGGUUCCUUGACCACAGUUAUAAAUUGUUUCAAUGCUGGAGGCACAUACAUUCCCCCAUUUUUUAUAUUUAAAAGAAAGCGGAUGAAUGCACUGCUUAUGAAGGACAGUAACAGUAACAUGGUAGCUUGUGUUUCUGACUCAGGCUGGAUAACUGAAUCAAUUUUCGUUGAUUGGCUUCAGCAUUUCAAAGCAUUUGCGAAACCAUCUGCAGAUGAACCUAUUUUGCUUAUACUGGACAACCAUGAAAGCCACAUUAGUUUGAGAGCUCAUGAAUUUUGUCGCAAGAAUUUUAUACAUGUUUUAACUUUGCCUCCUCACACAUCCCAUAAAAUGCAGCCUUUAGAUUUAACUUUCCAUGGCCCACUAAAAACAGCAUAUAACAGGGAAUGUGAAUCCUUCAUGGUCAACCAUCCAGGAACCAAAAUUACGGCAUAUGAUGUUGUAGGCCUUUAUACAAAGGCUUUUAAUAGAACGACAAGUAUUGAUAAAGCUAUGAAUGGUUUUAGGUCUGCUGGAAUUUGUCCAAUGGAUCGAGAUAAAUUUAAAAACACUUUUGAAAGUUUUGGUGAUAUGUUUUCAUCAGUCCCUCCUCUUGAACAACGGAUACAAACAAAUACCAACAAUUCAAGCCAAAAUGAGUCCCAGAAUGAAUCUCAUGUUGUCUGUGAUGCUGCCAAUCAAAAUAUUUCUAAUCCAAUAGAAUUUCAGGAAAUAUUUCAACUUUCCAAUAAUGAUGCCAACCUUGACGAUUUAAACGAAACAAUACCUACGUCUGCAUUAGUGGAUGAUGUUAGUGAAGCUGGUGUUAAUCAAAGUAUAACAAGUCAAACUUGUCCAUCUGCCUUAGUACCACUUAGUGAUAUAGUGCAAGUUCCAACUAUAAAACCUACUCGUACAAAACGAUUAGUUAAAAAGAAACACUCCAUUAUUUUCACCAGCACACAGGAAAAAGUAAACCUAGAGCAAAAAGAACAAAAGAAAAUAGAAAGAAAGAGAAAGAACCUAGAACAAAAGAAGACCAAAACUACAAAUAAAAGACCAAAACUGACUAAAGAAAAACGACCAAAAGAUUUAAGAAACUUAAAAAAAAUUGAAUGUGAUAAAGAAAAUGAUGAAUAUUUCUGCAUUUAUUGCCAGGAAAAGUAUUUUGACCCACCCACCGAAGACUGGAUUAUGUGUUUAAAAUGCAAGAAUUGGGCACAUGAAAAUUGCAGUGCUGGGUCUUCUUCAAGAGGCUACGUUUGCGAAUUCUGCAAA